AUGGAGCGCGAUAUUCGAAGAGACCGAAGUCAGUGGCGAGGUGUUCACACAUUCGACAACAUCAUCUGCGAUGGGGAUCAAGUGGGGAACCUUGAACGAAGCGGAGGAUUAAAGAUGGGUCAGAGCUAUUAUUACUAUUAUGAGCUGGACGGCUCCACGGAGACACAUGACCCUUCCAUGCCAACGACAAAUGCGUGCCCUUAUCUUCCGGGCCAAACCGUCAAUACUUUAGACGUUCCUUCACUACAACGUCUCUCAAGAUUUCGCAGUGCUUCAGAGAACUCUUUACGAAUAACAGAUUACAAGACGAUGAAUCCCAAGGACAGGUUCAUGGCUCCUCGGCCAGCUCCACCAGUACCCAACGGUCUUGACCACCGCGUUGGAUCUUCACCGGCACCAGCACCUAUCCCAUCGUCAGCCAUGUCGCUUGUUCACAAGCGAUCAGCUCGUUCUCUUUCACCUGCACCCAGUUGGACUUGUGCUGCCAAGCGAUUUUUCAAACACAAGAAGUCAUACGGCCCAGACAGUGAUGCCGGCAGCGAGAUUGAAAUUGAGAGCCACACCGCCGAAGAGAACAGACGCUUUGACGAAGUAAGAAGCACUACACCGUCUGGCAGCAUACGGUCUCGUGACAUGUCGCCGGAGUCGCUCAGGAGGUUUCUGUGCGACGACCUACCCCAGACGCCUCCUGUCGUGGAACCAUCACCGAAACUAAUAAUACCUGAUGAGAUCAUUGAGGAGAAUGAGGAUGAUGACGAUUUUGUGGCGUCGGCGGUCUCCGAAAAUGCACCAUUCACAAUGCUAUCGCCCCCGCCAAUUCAACGAAGCGCUAUGUCCUUCUCGGGGAAGGCCGAUAACAAAAUUUCUACAGCUGCUGUGAUUCCUUCUUACACUAUGCAAGAUGAAGUGGUGUCACCAGACACUCUUGAUGUACCACUCAUGUUAGGAGACAUUCCUCGAUCACACUUUUCCAUUUCGACAGCCUCGAGUUUGCCUCCUACAGCGUCUCCCCGAUCGGCCGGGCCUCGUGACUUCAACCAACUGUCCUUUUUCGAUGAGACGGACGAUGACGAUGAAGCAAAUAUCCCCGAGGUACUAAGGCGAGGAAGCGCAGCUGCUUGCAGCAUCCGAAAGAAAGUCAACUCACCAAUCACCGGUUACAGCCUACCUCAACCUGCGACACACAUUGAGAAGCAACCGCCAGCAAUUGGUUCACCAGACCUGGUCGCCAGAUUGGACAGCGGUGUCGCUCUUAGCAACAGCCACCUUCUCGGUCGUCCAGAACUCGAUGCAGGCUUUGACGACUUCGUCAACGAUAUGGGCUGGAUGGCUUCAGCUAUUUCACCCAAGUAUAUUUAA